GUCCUAGCAGCUAAUAAAGGGGAAAAAACAGAGGUGGUCCCAGAUACGGCGGCGUAGGGCCCCACUUGCAGCGACUUGGCCAUUCCCGUGCCCCCACCACUGAUAGAGCCCCAUCUGGCCUCGUCGCCCCGCACAUUGUUGUAUUGAGCUGACCUGCCGGAGGAGGCAGAGGAGGAUAGGGAGGCGAUGACGACGGCGAGGAAGGCAGCGUGCGUGCUGGCGGCGUGGGUGCUCGUCGCCGCGGCUCUGUCCGACCUGGGCUCCGCCCGCGCACCCCUGGGCAGCAAGCCGCAGCGGGAGUUCGACUACUUCGCGCUCUCCCUGCAGUGGCCCGGCACCAUCUGCGCCUCCACCCGCCACUGCUGCGCCAGCAACGGCUGCUGCCGCUCGGAGCCGCUCCAGACGUUCACGAUCCACGGGCUAUGGCCGGACUACGACGACGGGACCUGGCCGUCGUGCUGCCGCCGCACCCAAUUCGAGCUGGACAAGAUAUUGCCACUGAUGGAGGUGCUUAAUAAGUACUGGCCGUCCCUCUACUGCUCCAAAUCUGGAACUUGCUUCAGCGGCAAGGGACUCUUCUGGGCUCACGAGUGGGAGAAGCAUGGAACCUGCUCUGCCCCUGUGGUUCAGGAUGAACUACAGUAUUUCACCAUUGCCCUUGACCUCUACUUCAAGUAUAACGUUACAGAAAUGCUGUCAAGUGGAGGAAUACAAGUUUCAAAUGGUAAGGAAUAUGCACUGAGCGAUGUCAUCGAUACCAUCAAACAUGCUUUUGGGGGAUCACCACAAAUUGUUUGCAAGAAUGGUUCAGUCCAAGAACUUAGGUUAUGCUUCGACAAAGAAUUGAAGCCUCGUGAUUGUCUUACUACUUCUUUGACGAAUGGAAGUGUAUCAAAAAGCAAGCACUGCCCACGGUACAUCACCUUGCCAACAUAUGAUCCCCUUGUGCUUGCCAAUUCAACUGUAGAAAUCAUGUCACAGUUCGAUGAAUUUGUGGUGCCUACUGCUCUUUAUACAGCCUAAGGUGCAACUAUCACAGUGGAGCAUUUCUUGGCUGUGAUGAAACAAAUGUCUUCAGCACCACCGCCGUGGCUGCAUCUCUUGCAUAAUUAUGAUAGCAGAAGGUGCUUGCGUGAGCACCUAGAUCCAGGGAAAUUGGUCCCUGGAAUAUUCAACCAUUUGUACAUGCACACUUGAAAGAGAAUUGUACUUUUUUAACCUGGAAAUUUAUAAGCUUUAUGUAACCUUGAAGGUUGGAUAUUGUCAAUGUAUACACAAAAUCUGUAGCUGGAGGGUGCCAUUGUUUUAAGGUCUCCGGUGUCAGUUUUUUGAUGUACAAUAUUCUAAAUGGCGCUGUCUUCA